GGAAUGCUGCAGGAUGCUUAUUAUCAUCAUGGCUGUCAAACCCAGUGGCGAUUAGAUAACACAUCCUUUUUAAUGCGAGAUUUACGAGGAUGAGAGGCACCAUGUCCGCUGCGGCGGUCGCGCUGCUCCUCGCUACGGUGGUCACCAUCUUGUCCAGAGCACAUGCGGAUCGUAACGUCUACCCAUCUGCAGGAGUGCUGUUCGUCCAUGUUCUGGAGAGAGAGCACUUCAAAGGAGAGUUUCCUCCCUACCCCAAAUCCGGUGAUGCCAGCAGUGACCCGAUCACUUUCAACACCAACCUGAUGGGCUACCCCGACAGGCCAGGCUGGCUGCGCUACAUCCAGAGGACCCAGCACAGCGACGGAGUGCUCUAUGGCUCCCCCACUGCAAUGCAUGUCGGCAAGGCCUCUGUCAUAGAGAUUACUGCCUAUAACAGACGCACUUUCGAGACGGCACGGCACAAUUUGGUCAUAAACAUCAUGGCCACAGAAGAGUUCCCUCUGCCCUACCAGGCGGAGUUUUACAUCAGGAACAUGAACGUGGAAGAGAUGUUGGCCAGCGAGGUGCUGGGAGAUUUCCUGGGAGCUGUGAAGAACAUAUGGCAGCCUGAGCGCCUCAACGCCAUAAACAUCACCUCGGCGCUGGACCGUGGCGGCCGUGUGCCCCUGCCCAUCAACAACCUCAAGGAAGGAGUGUAUGUGAUGGUUGGCGCUGAUGUUCCCUUCUCGUCGUGCCUGCGAGAGGUGGAAAGCCCACAUAACCAGCUGCGCUGCAGUCAGGAAAUGGAGCCCGCCAUCAGCUGCGACAAGAAGUUCAGAGCUCAGUUUCACAUCGAUUGGUGCAAGAUCUCUCUGGUUGACAUCAAAAAAGUGGUCCCGGUGUACAUUACCCGUCCCGACCCGGGAACCGGGAUCCUGCCUGAAUUUGGGGAAUACAACCCCCCUUCCGAGACUCUGAUGGGCCGGAACUACUUUUCAGAUUUCCUAAUCACACUGGCUGUUCCCUCCGCUGUGGCACUCGUCCUCUUCUUCAUCCUCGGCUACACUAUGUGCUGCCGACGGGAAGGGGUGGAAAAAAGAAACAUGCAAACACCAGACAUCCAGCUGGUUCACCACGGCUCCAUCCAGAAGUCCAGCAAGGAGCUGCGGAGCAUGUCUAAGAACCGCGAGAUCUCCUGGCCCCUCUCCACCCUGCCCGUCUUCAACCCCGUCAGCGGCGAGGUGGUGCCGCCCCUUCACCCAGACAACUACGAGACCACCAGCAUGCCCCUCAUGCAGACACAGACGAAUCUACAAAACCAGAUUACGAUACCACAGCAACGGCCAUCAGGAGAUAAUUAUGUCAUGUCAACAUUUCGAAGGCUGGAGGUAGGUGCUGCAGUCUGUUUUUAAGUUUGUGUAGAAAUAAUUCAUGCUGAUUUGAGUUUUUUAAAAAAAAGUGAUUUCAGCUCAUUUCUUCUGCUAAAAAAGGACUUAAAAGUGAGUACUUGUCAAUAAGGUUCAAUAUAUAUUUUUUCUUCAUAUUUAUUGUAGGUAAAUGGUAUUCCUGAGGAGAGAAAGGUGGCCGAAGCACUGGAUUUGUGACCAGAGACGACGGGUGUUGGAGGCCACUUUAAUUUCAUAUCUAUAUCUUUGUUUUUUCUAACACUUGUGCCAAUCUGCAUGCCUCAGACGUGUCUUUACAAAGAUGUAUCAUUCAUAUGCAUUUACACCUUGAAGAGUGUGUGUGUGUGUGUGUGAAAGAGAUCAAAGGAGCUUAGCUGAUUAUAAAAACAUAUUAGAAUAUUUUUAAAUAUUUGUAAAUGUAAAAACUUCUACUUGCUUUGCACAAUGGACCUCUUAGAGGAAAAGGGAGUUUUACAUGAACAUGCUUUAGUUGUCAUGUAUUAUUAAUUAUAUGUAUUGCGUCACAUAACAAUAAAUGCUUUUACAAUAAA